AAGAUGACUUCUGCUGAGGAACUGCCAUCAAGUCUGACCACUGAGCAAAAGCCAUCUCCUCCUCGGCCGCUCUGCGCAAAUCCUGGCAAUCCAGUGUUCUCCUGUAUGCUGGACCCCAAAACACUCAUGACCAAUGGUUCUGUGACAAAGCCUCAGGUUUUACUCUUUAAAACAACUUCAAGUGAAUAUGGUGCUAUACCAGCUGUCUCACAGAUGGUACCCUGUACUUACCAUCCAGUGAGUCACACCUUUUCAAAACUCUUACUCACUUGUGGGUUAUUUGAAAAUAACUCUUUAAACACUGCCAUUGACAGAAACAGGGUAUGUGACAACAUGAAUUUCCAGAACACUCUGUAA